CCAUUAAGACCCACCAUCGCUGUUUUUACUUAUAUUUUUUCACCCUUUUUGCAUUCUUCUUCUCAAUCUCUAUUUUCUAUUUAUUCUGAAGAGAGUUCAGUAGCGUUUCUUGCAAGCUGAGGCAAUGGAAGCCGCGGUUUUGUCUGUUGUUGAAAUGGGAAAGUGUGCAUGGAAUCCUCUUCAGAAACACACGGGCUAUCUUAAUCGUUUUAAUGACAACAUUAAGGAUCUAAAGGACCAUGUAGAAGAUCUGGAGGCCAGGAGAGAGCAUAUAGAUCAACUGAUAAGCAUGGGCUGUUCCAAUGGUGAAGAAGAAAUAAGAGAAGUUAGGUUAUGGCUAAUGCGAGCUGUUCACAUGAAAGAAGAAACAGAGCUGAUAGAGCAAAGAGUAGCAGAGAACAAGAGAUGUCUGUUUUGUCCGAAUAUAAGCUGGCGUUACAGUAUAAGCAAGCAAGCCAAAAAGAUGACAGAAAAUAUUGCUAAGCAUCUCAAUGAAGGAAAUUUUGAGAGGGUGACAAUGCCCCCACUCAUUCUUAAAGUCAUAAACCAGCCUGCUCCGUCAAUCGAAGGUCUACGAUCGGUAGAAUCAUCCCUAGAAAAAGUCAUGAAUGCUUUAGGUGAUGAAAAUAUCAAAAGAAUUGGUGUAUGGGGAAUGGGUGGAGUCGGCAAAACAACCCUUGUGAAAAAUAUGAAUAAUAGGUUGGAGAGGACACAACAAUUCAAUAAAGUUAUAAUGGUGACCGUUUCUAAGGACGUGGACAUCAGAAGGGUACAAGGCGACAUUGCGGAUAGAUUGGAGCUGACUCUGAAGAAGGAAUCGUCGCGAGCAAGUGACCUGAGUAGCAGAUUAAUGAAAGAGAAGAAAUUCCUCAUCAUCUUGGAUGAUUUGUGGGAGCGGCUUGAUUUGGACGACGUAGGGAUUCCCUCUACUGACAGCCUUGUGGAUUGUAAGAUCAUAUUCACAACGCGGAGUGAAGAUGUGUGCAGAGAAAUGGAAAGCCAUGUUAAUAUAAAAGUAGAUGUUCUCUCAAAUGAUGAAUCGUGGAAACUAUUCAAAGAGAAAGCAGGUGAUGUUGUUGAUGAGCCUUCCUUGCAUAUCAAGGCAAGGGAGGUUUUCAAAGAAUGUGGUGGUCUUCCGCUUGCAAUUAUAACGCUGGGAAGAGCAAUGAGAGGUGUGAGAAAUCUUAAUGUGUGGGAUAACGCACUGUCGCAACUGAAGAAGUCUGCACCAACCGAUAUCAAAGGCAUGGAAGAUAGGGUGUACCAAUCUAUCAAAGUCAGCUACGACCAUUUGCGACCUGAGCUCAAACCAGGCUUCUUGUUUUGCUGCUUGUUUCCUGAAGAUUAUGAUAUUGAUGUGGACAGGAUGAUCAGAUUGUGGAAGGGUGAAGGCUUUUUGGAAGAUGUUGGAAGUUUGGAGGAAAUGAUAAAUAAAGGGCACUCUUGGGUUGAAAAACUCAAAUCUUCUUGUUUGUUAUUGGAAGGUGAAGGAAAAGGGUAUGUGAGGAUGCAUGAUAUUGUAAGGGAUGUUGCCAUUUCGAUUUCGUUAAAAGAAGAUGCGGGCUACAAAUCUUUGGUGAGAGCUGGAGUCGGACUAAAAGGUUUGUCACAUGUGCAAAACUGGGAGGAAUACAAGAGAAUUUCACUCAUGCGAAGUGGAAUUGAUAAAUUGCCAGAAGGGAUGCAUUAUCCUAAAUUGCAGACAUUGAUGAUGCUGGAAAAUAAGGAGCUGACCGAAAUACAAGGUGGGUUUUUGGAAGCAAUGAAAGAGCUUCGGGUUCUGGAUCUAAGCGAAACGACUAUCAAUAGGCUACCAUCCCCGCUCUCAAACCUGGUGAAUUUACGGGUACUUUGCAUGAGAGAUUGCAUGUUUGAAGCUAGUUGUCUGUCAGCACUUGGGGGACUGAAGAAUCUUGAAUCACUCGAUCUGUCAUAUAACAAAUACUUACAAGAGUUGCCAAUUGAAAUCGGAGAAUUGGUCAAUCUGUGGAGUUUGGACUUAACAUGGACUACGAAUCUUGUAUCCAUCCCAAGUGGUGUUAUAUCAAGGUUGGCUCGCUUGGAAGAAUUGAAGAUGUGGAAGAGCUUCAGCAAGUGGGAAGUUGAAGGAAAAGAAGCAAGCAGCAGCAGCAGCAAUAACAAUGCUACUUUGGGUGAGGUAGCAUCUUUAAAAGAAUUAUCUUAUUUACAUCUUCAGAUUGGCGAUGUGGAUCGUUUCCCACAAGACUAUCAUCAGAUUAAACAUUGGAGAAAGUUGCAGAAGUUUCGUUUCUGCAUAUACCAAUCAGGUUAUGAAGGAUUAUCUGGUUAUUAUACUGGAUUCAUCUCUAGUUCCUUGAGAUGGAUGGUGGUUGUUGGUUGCAGUUGCAUCCCUGAAUGGAUUAGAAUGCUUUUACCCCAUUCUACCCAUUUACAGUUAUAUUAUUGCAAGGGUCUAAGGUCACUUGGUGGUGGUGGAGGAUUUCCAAAUUUGGAAAAGCUUGAAAUUUGGAAAUGUGUUGAAAUGGAAUUUGUUAUUAGUGCAAAGGAGUCUUCUGAAAAUGCAUUUGGUAAUUUACAAAGGUUGGAGUUAAUUGAUCUGCCGAAUUUGAAGAAAGUCGUCUCUGAGGAUGAAGAGGGAUUGCUUCCACCCACAUUCCUACACAAUCUUAGAAACCUGGAAGUGUAUGAAUGUCCUAAACUAAAGCAUCUACUCUCAUUUAGUUUAUUGCAAGGAAUGGAGAAUUUAAGUGAAGUCCAAGUAUGGUGGUGUGAAGGAAUGGAGCAUGUGUUUGCCGGACCGCCCGUAUCAGUGCAAAACAAUGAUGUUCUCACCAAACUCAAAACCUUGAAUCUUGCGGAUCUAAGAAGCAUGACGAGUAUUUGGGGUAUGGGGUUGGUGGUAAAUCUUCAAAACCUCACUACUCUGAUGCUUUCGGGGUGCCAUGGCUUGAAGAAGAUAGCUAUAUCGACGAUGCAGAUGAAGAGUGGGUUCCCUAAUCUUGUUGAGCUUGCUGUGGAUGAUUGCCAAGGAGUAGAGGAAAUCAUUUCAAAUGUGGUGGAUAAUGAGGGUCUCCUACCUAAACUAACAGUUUUGAGAUUACUAUCGCUACCAGAAUUAGCAAGUAUUUGUGGGGGAACAGAGGCAGCUGCUCCGCUACGACUCGAUUGGCAUUCAUUGGAAGAAAUACAAGUGGAUAGAUGUCCCAAGCUUAAAAAGCUGCUGCCUCUGCAAGGUGGGGCGCAUGGUGUGCCAUCGCUUCGAAAGAUUGCGGGAGAAAGGGAGUGGUGGGAGGGGUUAGAAUGGGAUGAAGAUCACACCGUUAUGUCCUAUUUCCGUCACUUGUUUACAGAAGUAUAAUAUUGUAGCGGUAUUUAUAAAUAGGAAGCAGAUUGCAUAGACCUCAAUAGAACUUAACUGAUGGGAUGUUACCAUCCACUCCCAUGUAUGUGCUUGAACUUAAAAUACUUGAAGAAAAAAAAAUACCCCUCUCUCUACCAUCUCCAGUAUCUCUCCCUCCUUUCACCAUUGCCAACGGCAACGGCAACACAACGUUCUCCACUAGAAGCUUGAUGUACUUCUUGAUCGAUGCUCUUCUGCACGAUGAUAAUGUGGAUUAAUCUCUUACUUUCCCAUCUGGUGAUAAUGUGGAUCAAUGAAUGUAUGUGAAUUUGGUGAGAAUGAAGAAUGAUAUGAUUUACAUGAGUUGGACAGCCUAAUUUUGGAAAGCUCACUUCCAUGCUUGGUCUAAGGUACAAGACCUUUCUACCCACCAAAUAAUGUUUGGUUAUUUG